UCCAUAUCGAACUGGUUCCUUCUUUGAGCACAGGCUCCUGCAUAAUGGCUAUCAGAAAUUUCAUGGCGCGCCGCGGUACGCCCAGUGUUAUAUAUAGCGACAGGGGAACCAACUUCAUUGGGGCAUCCCGACAGAUGAAAGAGGCCGCUGCAGCAGUUAACGUGGACGAUAUAAUGAGGGAGUUCACUUCUGUCGAUACAACAUGGUCGUUCAACCCACCUCUUGCGCCACACAUGGGAGGUAGUUGGGAGCGACUAAUAGGAAGUGUAAAGCGAAACCUUCAAAAGAUCAACCCUCCCAGAAACCCAACCGAUGAAGUCCUGCGCAACGUUCUGAUCGAAGUUGAAAAUACCAUAAACUCUAGACCGCUAACCCAUGUCCCAGUCGAUGAUGACAGCGCCCCAGCCUUGACACCGAACCAUUUUCUUCUUGGUUCCUCAAACGGAAUCAAGCCCUAUACUACUUUCGACGACAACAAUAGUGCUCUCCGCCAAAACAUCCUAGCCUCCCAGGUGCUAGCCAACACGUUCUGGAAGCGUUGGCUGAAUGACUAUCUGCCAGAAAUCACCAAACGGUCGAAAUGGUUUUGUAAAACCGCUCCAGUAGCCGUUGGAGACGUGGUAGUUAUCGCCGACCCUCGGCUACCUCGCAAUUGCUGGCCUAAGGGAAAGGUCAUCGAAACUCAUCCGGGCAAAGAUGGAGAAGUUCGCUCGGCUACGGUACGUACAUCUACCGGAGUCUAUGUUCGAGCGGUCACCAAACUGGCAGUUCUGGACGUAAGGCGCGAAGGAAGUAAGCCAGCCUGAAGACUGGCGUACCCGGGGGGAGUGUGAACUGUUCUAACAGUGCGCGCCCAUUGUGUUUGUGCCUCUGUAGCAGCCCUGCCUUCAUUGCUUUGACGGCCUGACUUAGGAGUGACAGAGCAACCGCCUGUCACCAUCGUGAGUAGAUGAUAAGCCAAAAAACAACACAUUGCGUAGAUAAUAUCUAGUGAAAUAUUACUAUCUAAAGUUAUUCUAUAAAGUUAAUUUGUUAAAUCCUACUUUGAUCCUAAACUAUAUUUGAUCCUAAGGACAAGUGAAAUCAGUGCCUAAUACUACAGUGCAAGUACCCUUCGGUUCGCAGAGUGCAUAACCUAUGAUUCCUAAAGCUAAACCGAAACGCUACUAGGAAUAUAUACACCACCCAAGACCCUCCGGAUUACACUAGGGGAACUAAACGUAAGUUAAAUUUACUUAUAUGAAAUGCGCUAUGCGAAUUAUGUUACAAACAGAAACUUAUAUCUACAUUAUGCUACAAAGUUAUAUGUUUAAUUACCAAUCAUUCCUGAAUUGUAAACUUAAAAUUACACCCUCCUUCCUCUCAUCCUCAUUAUUAUGCAGGAAUUUAUUAAUCUUCCGAAUAAAGAGCCGUGGAUUGUUCAUUGCUCCGAAGAUUAAUUUAACGGAAAGAGACCCCCUUUCAGUCUGGGUGACUAAUUGUUGAAACGAACU